AUGCCUUCCCCGGGUUCCAGGCUCCUUCGCCUGGCUUCAGCAGUGGAUCGGCAGAGGGUUCCCUCUCGGAUUCUCCUCAUAGCUGCUAGGGAAUUGGGUCUGGCUUUCGGAGUGGAGCCUGAGCCCCGGCCCCCCAAGUUCCGGGCUCCUGUGGCCAUAUACUGCGGCAGCGUCCCCCGAACCAGUGCCAGCUCUGGGUUCCGAACUUUCCACGGCUCUACUAGAAACAUCAGCUCCAGCCUGCAGGACUAUGGAAGCCGAUGGACAGGAGAGGCUUCCCCCAAGCCCAUGCUCAAAGUCCAGAAGGAGAAGCAGUCCCAACUGUGGGUCAGAAAUGGGGACCUGACCAGCCUCAAGACCAGUCUUGCCUCAAAGGGUUGGCCAUCCAGGAAUGGUCAUGCAAGGAAUGUGGAGGAUGUCUCUCCAAGGCCUCACCCUCUCCUGCCUGCAACCAUCCGGGAGAUGGAGGCCAACAGUGCAGCCUUGGAGACCACCCAAAUCAAAGACAAGUUAAAGAAGAGGAGGCUCUCUGAGGGGCUGCCUGCUUCUCCCCGAGCCUUCUUAGAUCCUGGAGGAGGUUCUAAGGGUCCUUCCCUGAAGAGUGCCAUUCCCCGCUCCAGCUCUCAGAGACCACCAAUGGCUUCCAGGCCAAUGCCUCCCAUCCAGAGCAUCCCCACCACCCCAGAGACCAAAGGAUCCUUGGAGAAUGGCUCAGGCCCACUGGAGAGUAGCAAGGGCCAGCCAGAGGCAACUCCAGCUGCCCAAGAGGUGCAGAUAUCCCUUCAGUACCUGCAUUGCAAGGAUGAGAAGAUGAGGCGAUCUCUGGGAGGUUCUCUGAUUCCUCCCAUCCUGAAGGCUGGGCAGCCAACAGAGACCAAGUCAGUAACGUUGCCAGCUCUUACUAGCAAUCCUACUCCCCUGCCUUCAGGUCAAGAUGUCUUCACUGUCCAAGAGGUCCCUGGAAAAAGAUUGGCAAAGGAGAACAGUCCCCAGGAGAAGCCCCCCAAGUCUACGGCCAACUCCUUGCCAGCAGUGUUCACAGGGAGUACUCCGGAAUGGGAAGAAGAAGAAAAAGUAGAGAGUUCUGCCAAAGAUCUGAGGCCCCUUUCAAACCCAGAAGUAGUCCUGAUAAAUGCCCUACAAUGGAUUGAGAGCAAUGAUUGGCAGAUGAAAGAGAAAGGGCUGGUGACCAUCAGACGCCUGGCGACCUGUCACUCUGAUGUCCUUGCAGAAAGACUGCACGAUGUUUGCUUGGCAGUGAUGAGGGAGGUUGUCAAUCUCCGUUCCAAGGUGUCCCGCCUGGCCAUCAGCACCUUGGGACACCUCUUUCGUACCAUGAAGAAGAACAUGGACCCAGAAGCUGAGGAAGCCGCCCGAUGUCUGCUCCAAAAAAUGGGGGAUACCAGUGAAUUCAUUCAAAAAGCUGCUGACUACUCUCUGGGGGCAAUGGUAGAAAAUGUGACUCUUUCCAGAUCCUUGGCAGCUCUCACAACAGGAGGUGUACAUCACAGAAACCCAGUAGUCCGAAAAUGCACUGCUGAGCAUCUAUGGAAAGUCUUAGAACAAAUCGGGGCUGAAAAACUACUUUCGGGCACAAGAGAGAGCACUGAAAGGCUGAUUCGAACACUGGUAAAACUUGCCCAGGACUCCAAUAAAGAAACAAGGCUUUACGGGAGGAAGAUGAUUAACAUCUUGAUGUCGAAUUCAAGGUUUGAUACAUUCCUGAAACAUUCCCUCCCAUCUCACGACCUACAAGACGUGAUGAUGACCAUUAAACAAAGGGGCGUCGAAGAAAACAUAGAGCCUACACCUAUCAAAGGCCGCAAGUUAUUCAAGAAUGUAAUAACCUCUGAGGAAUUCCUUAAUGAACAAGGGUGCAGCUCAGACAGCGAGCCAACGGUCAUCCCUCGGGCCCUGGCCCUCACUCGCAACGCAGAGAUGGUAGAGCAGCUGAAGGAGCUGAACACCCUGCUGACAUCCAAGGAGUACCAGUCGCGAAUGGAAGGCAUCACUCUCCUCCUCGACCACUGCAAGAACAACGUAGACCUCGUCACCACCCACCUCACGCUGAUCUUUGAUGCAUUCAUCCCAAAGCUCCAGGAUGCUAACAAGAAAGUGAACCAAUGUGCACUAGAAUCCUUUGCAGAAAUGGUCCCUUACCUCAAAGAUAACUUACGCCCGGUGCUGAUCCCUCUGGUCACUGCAAUCUCAGACAACCUCAACUCCAAGAAUCCCUCCAUUUCUGGAGCUGCCGAGAUGGCUCUGGACGCCAUGAUCAUGAACAUGGACAAUGUUUCCUUGCUACAAGCAUUUUCAGGUCGACUUUGUUUCAUGACUGGCCGAGCAACUUGUGAACUCACACAGCGUCUCGCAGGGAUCGUGACUUCAAUCUAUUCCCAGAAGCCUCAAGCUGUGGAACGAUACAUCCUCCCCGUUCUCUGGUACUUCCUGAACAACAUGAUUGGGAAUGGGGUCCUGCCAGGGCACAGCGGCAACGUCCGCCCUGUGGUGUGUCAACUGAUCAAGAGCCUCUAUGAACAAAUGGGAUCUCGUCUGCAAGGAUGUGCUGCUGGACAGCCAAAGCAAGUCAGGAAGAUGCUCCAGGAGUUCAUUGACUCAAAGUUUCAGUGAAAAUGGAAUAGGGAUAAGGGCUGGGAACUGGUGGGGGGAAAAAGAAGAACUGCUCCCCCUUCCCCCCCACUUUUAGAUCAUUGACAGCUCGAGAACUUUCAGCAGGAUAAUACAUGGAUCUGAGAUGGGCAAUUAUUUUUUUAACUCUUUUUUUUUUCAGAUGGAAGAAUACUGAUAGAAUAGGCUUAUAGAGUUUCAGAUGUAUAUAGUUUAUUUUGAGGUAGAAUUAAAAAAAACGCCUAUUUUUCUAAGGUUUUAUUUUCUUGCACUCUUUUGUCCCCAGAGAAGUUUAAACGGGUAUUUUUUAUAGUAAGCAAAACCAGAAACAAAAACCAAAAAACAAAAAACAAAACCAAAAAACAAAAAACAAAACCCAAAACAAAAGUAAACCCAACCACGAUCAAUUGUGAGUUAUUUUCUGAUGGUGUUAAAAAGGAAAGAAAAGGCAGAACAUUAUUUAUAUACAUCAUAGUCUGUCCAUUUGCAG